AUGAUAAAUACGUUUACUUUACUUCGUAGAUUUGAUGAACAUUUAGAUGAUCAUGAUCAUGAUCAUGAUCAUGGUCACCACCAUCACCAUCUUGGUUGUGGAGUUAAAGAAGAUUAUGAUGGAAAUAUGGGACUUAGAAUAUCAUCAAUAUUUGUGAUUAUGCUCUUUUCAUCGCUUGGUGUCUUUUUCCCGUUAAUUGUAACAAAAGUUAAACGUUUAAAAAUAUCUCAGCCAUUAACUCAUUUUAUAAAAUUUUUUGGUACUGGUAUUAUAAUAGGAACAGCGUUUGUUCAUUUACUUCUACCGGCUUUUAUGGAACUAGGUUCUUCUCCAUGUCUUUAUGGUAUAUGGGAGACAUACAAUUUUGCUCCAGUACUGAUUAUGGUUGGAAUGCUUACUAUAUUUUUAUUGGAAUUAUUUUCCUUAAGACAUAUUUCUUUAAAGUGUGCUGCGAAUUCUAUAGAUAUUACAUCAACCUCUCAAACAAAUAUUUCUACUGAUGAUAAAAAUCCUUUGGAGGUUCAGAAAUCUUUAUCUUCUGGUGCAAAAAAUGACUUUGAGAAACAAAAUUUAAUUAAGAAAUAUAUGUUAAAAAAGGAUUUAUUGACAGUUAUUAUACUUGAAUUUGGGAUUAUUUUUCACUCUAUUAUUAUUGGUUUUACUUUAGCAGUUACUGGGAAUAAAGAAUUUAUAACUCUUUAUAUUGUAAUAAGUUUUCAUCGUAAGCAUUUUGUUAAAAUUAUUUCAUUAUUUAUUCUAUUAGAAAUGUUUGAAGGACUUGGUCUUGGUGCUCGACUUUUUGAUAUUGCUCAAUAUAAUAAUUUAAGUUAUAAUAUACUUUUUGCAUUUAUUUAUAGUGUAAUAACAUCUGUUUCUAUUGCUAUUGGCCUUGCGGCUAAAGCUCUAUAUAAUCCAACAUCGCCUACUGCUGUAAUUAUUUCUGGAAUUUUUGAUUCACUUUCUUCUGGAAUAUUAUUAUAUGCAGGAUUAGUAGAACUUCUUGCUGAAGAUUUUAUUAUCAAUUCAGAACUUCGAAAUGGUGAUUUGACAAAAUUAUUGUAUGCUAUUUUUUGUGUUGUAUUAGGGUUUGUAACUAUGGCUAUUAUUGGAAUAUGGGUUUAA